AUGUCUUACUCCGGUUUCGGAAGGCAAUCAGGCCCUUUGGCGCCUAUAGCCCAAAACCCGUUUGCCAAAUUGUCCCAGAAACCUUCACCACCUCCUCCCCUUGCAAGAUCCCCCAGGCAAUCUCCUUCCCCGGGAACUGGGCCGAAUGUAAACUACCGAGACUAUGAUGCUCUGAUUGAUGAAGGACCCCCCACAGUUACACCUUUCACAGCUUCAAGCAACUUUUCAAAUGGUUUUCCAGCUAGAGCUUCUCCAGUCCAAGAUAUUAGAAGUGGCAGAUCACCUCCUCCUCUGUUUUCUGAUAAAGAGAAAAUUAGAAACUCCAAAACUGUGAAAAUAAGUCGUGCAGGUAUUCUUCCUAACAGUCAAAAUCGCUUGGCUCCCGAGCUAAAUGGGCCAUCUUUAUCGCCAUUCCAGCGAAACUCUUACCCAGAUGUAGCUCAGCAGUCUACUUUGCAUUCACCUGCGUGGCGUGAACAGCUGACACCCUCAACUAAUUUUACCACACAACUGGCCCAACCAUUUAUAUCACCUGUACAAACAACUGUAAAUAAUGAUCCCAGAAGAAGGUCUCCAGUUCAGUAUUCAGAUCUUCAUGCGCCAAAAAGAAGCAGGUCUCCAGUUUUCCCUCCCCGUGAGGAUGGCUCCUCGGGGGACUUCGUUAUAGCAUCUCAAAAUCCGCAGAGGCCUUCUGCAUCACCUCCCAAAAUGAGAUCGAGCAAUAAUUUUGCACCUCCUGGUCCGCAAAGUCAUCAACAGCCUCAAAAAUCUGGUGACCUUUAUAAUGGAGAAGUGAGUGCAAAUAAGCCUGUAAGCUCUCCAGUUGCCAAGAAAGUCAAGUUCCCGUCUUCAUCAAGAAAUGAUCAAGUUUUGGUGGAAACUUCCAAUAUCCGAGAAGAUGAGGCAGACAGGGAACUGCAGGCAAAAGCAAAGCGGCUGAUGCGAUUUAAGAAUGAAUUAAGUAGAGAGACGGAAAGUGAUCUUGGUUUCAAAAAUCAAAAGGCUCCUGCAAAGAGACACUAUCCUGUUGUUAUGGCGGAAAAGAAGGUAAAUGGGGAAGAUGCUGCUGAUGUGAUGGGUGAUUCCUUCAAUGGAAAUGCACAGCUGCCUGAUAAUGAGGAUGGGAGCUCUUCUGGCAUUAUUGUUGGAUUGUGCCUGGAUAUGUGUCCAGAGUCAGAGAGAGGAGAGAGAGAAAGAAAAGGAGAUCUUGACCAAUUUGAGCGUUUGGAUGGGGAUAGAAAUCAAACCAGCAAAUCCCUUGCUGUAAAGAAGUACACUAGGACAGCAGAGAGGGAAGCUGACUUGAUACGUCCAAUGCCAGUAUUGGAGAGCACAAUGGAUUAUCUGUUGGGUUUGCUGAAUCAGUCCUAUGAUGAUAGGUUUCUUGGCCUGUACAACUUCUUAUGGGAUAGGAUGCGUGCCAUAAGAAUGGAUCUAAGGAUGCAGCAUAUUUUCGGCAUUGGAGCUAUCAAGAUGCUGGAGCAAAUGAUAAGACUUCAUAUAGUAGCCAUGCAUGAGUUGUGUGAAUACACAAAAGGAGAGGGCUUUUCAGAAGGAUUUGAUGCUCACCUCAAUAUUGAACAGAUGAACAAAACAUCAGUUGAAUUAUUUCAGUUGUAUGAUGAUCACAGGAAGAAAGGAACAAAUGUGGUUACAGAAAAAGAAUUCAGAGGUUAUUAUGCGCUUCUCAAACUUGACAAACAUCCUGGAUAUAAAGUUGAACCUUCAGAGCUUUCACUUGAUUUGGCUAAAAUGACACCGAAUAUUCGACAAACUCCUGAAGUUAUGUUUGCCCGUGACGUGGCAAGAGCCCGGAGAACGUGUAAUUACAUUGCAUUCUUUAACCUUGCACGGAAAGCUAGCUAUCUUCAAGCUUGUCUAAUGCAUGCUCAUUUUGCAAAGCUAAGGACACAAGCUCUUGCUGCUUUACACUCUGGUCUUCAAAAUAACCAAGGGAUUCCUGUAUCUCAAGUAGCUGCAUGGCUUGGCAUGGAGGAGGAGAACAUAGAAGACCUUCUGGAGUACCAUGGUUUCACUGUAAAGGAGUUUGAAGUCCCAUAUAUGGUGAAAGAAGGCACAUUUUUGAAUGUUGACAAUGAUUAUCCUGUCAAGUGUUCAAAACUGGUGAAUGAGAAAAGAUCAGGAUCCAUUAAAGAGGAUGUCUCCUAUCCUCGUUUAGCCCAAUCUCCACUUCCCCAGGAUACUAAACUAGUCAAUAUGAGUAAGGGUGUGAAACGGAAACCGAUGCAUACUCAACCUAUUGAUGUAGGAAAUCAUAUCCAGGAAAAUGACGAGGACAUGCUUGAUUAUGUCCCAUCACCUAGAGCUGACAUUCAAGUAACACCAACACCCAAAAUUGCAGCUACACAAGGGGUUGUAAUUGUGGAUCAGCCAUCUCCUGUGAGUCCUCGCCUGUGGGUACCCUCCACACAUGAUUCACCUAGUUCACCGGGAAACAGGAUGGGAAGUGAAAGGAAGUUUAAAUUUGAUUCGCCUUUCAGAAAUUCAUUUGGCAGAAAUGCACAAGUACUGAAUGAUUCACCUAGUUCACCGAAAAACAGGAUGGGAAGUGAAAGGAAGUUUAAAUUUGAUUCGCCAUUCAGAAAUUCAUUUGGCAGAAAUGCACAAGUUCAGUCAGAAAGAAUACCAUUAGAGAUCAUUCCUUCCAGUGAAGUGACGAUGGUAUCUAACAUCACAACAAAACCAACUUACCCUGUUCCGGUGGAUUCAGUUCCAGAACUUUCGACAAUAGAAGGACCAAGGGAAAAUGAUAUUGAUCAUGAUGAAGAAGUAAUGGCUGAUGAAGUUGAAACAUAUUCUUAUGAUCAAGAAGUUGCUGAGGCAAAACUGAAGCUGAUUUUGAGGAUUUGGAAGCGACUUGCUUGGAAAAAAAGGGAACUUCGUGAACAGAAAGAACUUGCUGCCAAUGCUGCUUUAAACUCCUUAUUGCUGGGCCCUCCAAUUUUGCAUUUGGAUAUGCUAUCAAAAUCUCCUGUUGAUUUUGACCUCGAUCGGGUUAUGAGCGAGCGAUAUGAAAUCCAAGAGGAGUCGCUGUCAAGUCUGAAUGCUUCAGAAGUUGUGGCAGCGCAACUUAGUGCCAAAAAUCCUGAUGCUAAAUGCCUUUGUUGGAAAAUUAUUUUGGUAACUCAGGACAGCACAUAUGGCAAAGAUGCAGGAGGAAAGAAAAAGAUCCCUCCAAUUGAUGUAGGCUCGUGGUUGCUCUCUAAGCUUUUGCCUGCCGGAGUUAAUGAUGAGAAUAGUGGUGACUUGCUGGUUUCAUCUCCGAGCAUGGCAAUUUGGAAUAAGUGGCUUCCUAGCCAAUCUGGUGAUGAUACAACUUGCUGUUUGACCAUAAUAAAGGAUGUUGAAUCAACGGAUCUGAAGGAUUCAGUUGCUGGUGCUAGUGCAAUUAUCUUUCCUGUUUCAGAUAGCAUCCCUUGGGAGCACCAAAGGAAUCAGCUUCAUAAUGUACUGAUGGAUUUGCCUCAUGCUUCAAGUUUGCCUUUGUUAGUCGUCACUGGCUUGUGUGAAGGUGAUUUAGAUAGCUCCAUAAUUGAAAAACUGGGGCUUCAUGACAUUGAGAGAACCUGUAUAAGUAAUGUUUUGGUAUCAUUCCUCAAAACCCACCAGACGGAUCAGUUUAAUGGUUUUUACAGUGAUGAGCGGCUAAGAGAAGGUCUACAAUGGCUAGCAAGUAAAUCACCCUCACAACCACUUCUCCGCAGGAUAAAAACACGCAAAUUGGUUUCCCAUCACUUGAAUAAUUUGCUCGCGGCUCUUGAUGAUACAGAUGCUCACGAAUUGGGUCCCAACCAGUGCAUUUCUACUUUCAAUGAAGCCCUGGACCAAUCUUUGCUGAAGAUAGGCACUGCUGUCAAAGCAAAUCCUAGUUCUUGGCCUUGUCCUGAGAUCUGUUUACUUGAGGAGUAUGGUGGCGUGAGCAGAGCAGUUUCAAGGUAUUUGCCGAGCAUAGGAUGGAGUUCAGGGGAAAGAAUAGAGCCACUUUUAAGUGCAAUAAAUGAUUUGAAACUUCCUUACUUUGAGGUUGAUAUACGAUGGUUGAGCAACGGUUCCAACUCAGUUGACAGUAUUGAAAAACAUAGAUCGCAGCUAGAGAGUUGCUUGAUCAGAUAUCUCACCGAAUCAAGUCAAUUAAUGCCAUUGCCUUGGGCUACAAAAGAGGCCAGUGUCAUGAUGCAAAAGUUUACUAAGCUCGAGCUUCGCAAUUCUGCUUACUAUAUCAUACCAAAUUGGGUUAUGAUUUUCCAGCGCUUAUUCAACUGGAGGUUAGUGGAAUUGUCGAACAACCCAAUUUCUUCAGCUUACGUUUUGGCUCAAGAUGAUGUUGUUUCCACUCAUAGAAUUGAUCGUCCUUCGGUACCAUAUCUGGUCCCUCCCUCUCUUGAUGAAAUGGUUGCAACUAGCUACAGUCCUCCCAGCCCGGAAACAUAUGACGACAAUAUGGACUUGGAUGCCCUGGAGCCAUAUUCGGAAGUGUAUAAAUCAGGGGGCAUUGGGCUGAUGACCGAAGGUGUUCUUCAGUCGCGUUCAAAUGAUUCGGAGAGCCGUGAAGAUUUAGAGCUGGCUACUAAAGGUAGCAGGGAGUUUAGUAUAAGGAGCAACCUCAGAGUGGCGAGGCCUACAUACGCCGUACCAAGCAAUACUACCGAGUUUUCGUUGGCCCCGAAGACAGUGACAGCAGCAGACAGAUUAAGCGAAUUGCUGGAUAAAUGCAACAUUGUGCAAAGCACAAUUCAAGAGAAGUUGUCAAUCUAUUUUUAG